AUGGCGGGAACGACUGCCGCCAAAUUGAUAUCUUAUGAUGAAGUCGAAGACUUGUUCAUAAAGUUUAUGGAGCACCGGUUAACUGAAAAUGAAGGCAAGACGCUGAACGACGUGUUCGAAAUACUCAGAAUGCCUCAAUACAUAUCUGAACAUUCACUCGAAAAAGUCUCUAAACCUCAAAUGAGUCUCCUUUGCUUUGGAUGCCGAGUAGCAGCAGCGGCAUUUUUUGACGGCGUAGCGAUAGGACUCCCAGAUUAUGUUCUUUCUUCGAUAAUGACGCUGUUCUGCACAGUACUGGGCAUCGGGACUUACGGCGUGUGCAAAGGUGCCUUGGAACUGUAUGUGCCUAUACUUGUCUACAUAAUAAAGAACACCCCUGAAGCCGAGCCAAAGACGUUUUGCGGGUUAGCCCUGCAAGUGGCGAACGACCCUGAUUUCUGCGCCUACGAUGAUCCCAGAUUCGACUGGCAUGUGAAUCUCCCGGAUCCUGUCCCGGUCAAGCACAAGAAACAAGCGAUUUAUUUCUUUCAGCGCCCGAUAUACAGAAACAAGCCCCUAAAAGUCGCCUUAAUCUCAGACGCGCACAUCGACCCUCUAUACAAACCGUAUGGAGUGGCCGACUGCGCUGAACCUGCAUGUUGCCGUGCUGGCCAAACCGCCCAAGUCCCCUCUAACUCCUACAUUAAUGAGUCGAUUUACGAAAAGAGUUUUAUCAGAUACGAUGAUGAAAUGUUAUUGGAUUUAAAAGUGGCUGCCAAAAUUAGAAAGAUGCGAUCUCAUAAGAGAAUUGAGCGUAAGAAAGCUGUCCCUGCUGGUUAUUGGGGCGACUAUAAAAAGUGCGACACACCGAUUUGGACGUUCGAUGACGUGAUCGACAGGAUUUCUAAUACACACAAGAGCGUUGACGUGGUGUACUACAUAGGUGACACCAUCGACCACCACGUUUGGGAGACCACAUACGAGCAGAACGACGCUAUGAAUGGUUACAUGAUCAAGAAAAUCAGGCGGAGCUUCGGCGACAAUGUGAUGGUCGUUCCUGUCAUAGGCAAUCAUAAAUCGCAACCUAUUAACCAAUUCGCCUCAGCAUCCGUUUCGGGGGACAACCUGAACACGACGUGGCUCUACAAGUCGCUCGCCAAAAAGUGGAAGUACUAUUUGCCCGAAAACGCGAGAGCCACUUUUUUGAAGCGUGGAGAUUACUCCGUGCUAAUCAGACCGGGGCUCAGGGCCAUCAGUUUGAACAGCAACGUGGCCUAUAAGUAUAACUGGUGGCAAGUGUACGACCCUCUCGAUGCUAAAAAACACUUAGAUUGGUUGGUAAAUGAACUGCACAAGGCUGAGCUAGCGGGUGAAAAAGUACACAUACUGACACACAUAGCCCCAGGCGAAGCCGACCUCACCUACACAUGGACCAGGGAGUAUAACAGAAUUGUAAACAGGUUCGCUUCUACGAUAGCCGCGGAAUUCAACGGGCAUACGCACGCGGACGAGUUCAGGGUAUUCUACAGCCCGUCGGGCCAAGCCGUGCGAGUGGCGUGGAACGCGGGCGGUAUCACCACCUUCUCCAACUUCAACCCUAAUUAUAAAAUAGUCAAGUUCCAUCCUUUCACAUAUGAACCCACGAACAUCGAGAACUACAUCUAUAACCUGACCCGCGCCAACCUCACGCCAAAACGUAGACCCCACUGGUUCAGACUCUACGACUUCAAGCGAAAGUUCCAACUGCCCGACUUGUCGCCUGCCUCAAUGAACGAUCUGGUUACCAGAAUGGUCACAGAUAAAAAACAACUCUUAAACAUAUAUUCAGAUUACUUCUACAAGAUGAGCGACGCGAGACCACAGUGCAAUAUAGACUGCAAACUGGAGGAACUCUGUAGGGCCGUUGUGACAGUUUUGUGGGAAAGACAGAAAUGCGAUGAUCUAAAGGAGUUAUAUUAUAAUGGUUUUAAAUAAAAUACCUAAUAACUAUCGUGUAA